CCUUUCUAUCAGUCAACUGACUAAAGUACUGCGUGGCAUCGCAAGAGAUCGAAGUUUUUAAUAUCUAUUUCAAAUACUUUGCAAGCAAAGAUGGACAACUUUGUCGGAAAAUGGGAACAAAGUGAUGCAGAACCAACAAACUUUGAUGCCUUUCUUGAUGCUACAGGUCUUCCAGAAGAAGCCAGAGCGAAAUUAAAAGCUGCUCGCAUUACAGUUGAGUAUGUAAAAGAUGGCGACUCUUGGAAAAUCAUAACCACAUCCGGUAGCCAUUCGAAGACCAGUGUUCUUCAAAUUGGUGUCCCUUAUCAGUCUACAGAUUUAUUAGGCCGCAAGUUCACGAAUGUUGUGACUAUGGACGGUCCGAAUAAGAUGAAGCAAACAUGUACAGAAUGGGCUGAAUCUACCAUUGAAACAGAGUCUGUUUUAUCUGGUGACACUAUUACUCUGACUUGCACCACCAAGGGAGUAUCGACCAUCUCUGUCUUCAAAAGAGCUUAAAGUUCUGUCUGCUCCCAUAUUUCAAUAUCUGUAUUUUUCUCAGUUAUCCAGUAUUUUAAAGGUGGGAAUUAGAGACUUUGUAAUUAAACAGAUCGAUAAACAAGCAAUCUAGUCUGCAGUCUAAUUACUUAUUUUCAGUUUUUGUAUAUUUUUUAUACAUGUUAACAUUACCUAACUAGGGAUAAACGUAUUUUAGUGCAUGUUACAUAUUACUAUCUCUGUUUAUAUUCACUGGCAUUGUCUCCAGUUCCUGCUGUGUUAAAAUAUAGGAUAACCUCUUCUCUGUGAGAAAUAAAAAGAAAUUAUCACUAUUA